ACUGUCGAUUGAUAGGAAAUGUUUCUCUAAGACGGGGUUUUAUAUAUAUAUAUUUUUUUUUAAAUUAAUUAGUUCACGAUCGCAGAUUAAAUUUAAAUUUUUGUACGGAAGUUCGUUGCUCAGUUAGUUAGAUCCCUAUGCUAUGUCUGUGUGCGGUGAAUCGUGGCGCUUGUUCAGGACCCGCGACAUUUACAAGGUAUUGGACGUGCCACGCUGGGCCAUGCCGAGGGAGAUACGCAGCGCUGCCUAUCAGCUGAUCAUGAAGGAGCACCCGAAUCAGAGGGCUGCCAACCAACCCCAGAGAGCUCUGGACAGAUGCAAGCUGGUCUUCAGGAUUAUGAGCAUCCUGACCAACGACAAACAGCGGGCUCUCUACGAUUCCCCAUCCGAGUUCCCCCAGGAAAGGGCCAGCAGUGAGUUGAACCUGGCCUUCUCCACGGUAUUAUCCCUGUGCGGGUGGCUAAUAAAAGACUCCCAGGAUCAGUCGGGUGUCAACGCGGUCUUUCGGAACAACUACAAAGGGUCGCACCUGGAAUUGCUAGACAUCAAGGCUGCCUACACGCUGGGCAAGGGAUGUAUGGAUCGUUUGAUUAUCGAACUGCCUCUGAUGACGGUUAAGGAUGAGCCACGCAUUCGGAAGAUCAUCAAGAAGCUGACCAAGUCCAAGGAGCUGCCUGUGUACAGUAAAUUCAUCAACGAAUCCUUGGAAAAACGGCGCCGCCGCCGCUUGAAGUUUGCUGUCUACGACUCGUACGAGGAGCAGUCCCAGUCCAAGUCCAAUCCGAACUCGUUUGAGUUGUAAGGGAAGUUGCCUGGAAGCAUACACAUCCAGAGUUAUGGCAAUGUUCAGGGGGAAGCCCAAGACGCAACUGAAGCAUUUAUUUUAAAAUUUAAGUUACUUCACAGUUUAUUUUAUAUGAAAAUUAGAGACACGUUGGUCCAAGUUCAGGUUCUGGUUUCAACCAAAACUGCAACCAAAGUGCAGUUCGUGUUUAAAAUGCAAAUCAUACUUACCUUUGAGUUUCGGGUAACAAGCUUAAAGACGACAUUUUGUUUGGCACUUCUUCUUCGUCGUGUCUUUUGUCCCGAAAAUCAUAAAUAAUGGAGGCCAAAAGGAAAAUGGAAACUUUGGGGAAAGUUGAGUUUAGA